UACUUAUGCUGUUGGUCAAGGUUCAACUAGCCCAUUCAUAAAAGACGCGGACAUUUGAUCUCGUGAUGUUAAAUUAAUCAUCUGUAAAAUGAAGUAAUCUGUUUAUUAUGUCUUUUUCCUAAAGUACACUAUUCUUUUGGCAAUUGUCAUCCCCGCUUGCAUGAAAGUUUUCUGUAAUAAUUCUACAUUUGAUUUACAUUUAGAGGAAUGUAGUUUAUUUAAACCGAUUUAAAAAAAACAAUCGAAGAAAAUGAAACUUCUCAGAUUUCUUUCUACCUUUUUGUUUUGUUUAGGUAUUACGCAAUCGUCACCAACACCACCAACUCCUCCUGUACCACAGGAAACAUUUUGGAAAGUUUCUGAUGGACUUGAAACUUGCAUAAAAGCUAAUUUAAAAAUAAGAUUUGAGAUACCAUCCAACAAUGGAUCUAGAUAUCUAGUUUUAUCACCAACAGCUGAUUCUAACAAAAGUAGUUGUGAUGGUUUAAAUGUUCUUUGGCUCCAUAGUGAUAAUGAAUUUGACUUCAUUAUCACAUUUGAAAGGCAGUCCGGAAGAACGUAUGCCAAAAAUGUGACUUUGCAGCUUCUUUCGACUAAUGAAACUGGAUUUUUCUUUAAUGACUUAAGGCUAUUUUCAUAUUCAAACUAUGAAUACGGUUACUAUAUGUGCAAGAGUUUAGUUUCUGUUUCUUUGGGGAAGGCAACUAUGGAAAUUUUUGACAUGGCCAUUCAAGCUUAUGGUAUAACGGACGAGUAUUCUAUUUGGGCUGGUGACAGAUGUCUUCCUGACAAAUGGUCUUACACAGGCGCAGUGAUCAUUGGAAUCGGACUUUUUGCAGUUGGUUUUGCAAUUGGAAAACUGGUCACCAAAUCAUGCAUUAACUUUUUUAAUCGUCAAAAAUCUUAUGAUCCAUUGUAAAGUCUAAUAAAAAUGAAGUUAAAAAAAUAUUUUUAUGAAUUUUUUUUUUAGUUUGAGUCACUAAAAGGUAAAUUACCUUUUAUAUGAAUUUGUCCUAAUUAAUGUUCUAAUUUGUUGUGACAUAACUUUAAAUCUAUUGCCUUUAGUAGCUUUUUUUUGGUUUUUGGGUAGUUAGUUACUAAUAACUAAUUUCAUAUUUGUUUCAUAUAAUAUAAAAAUUGAAAUUAUAGUGAAUAGCCGAUUAGCCAUCACAUUGACUAGCGAAAAAUCAGUUCUAAUUCUUCCUAUAUGAGUUUUUUUUUUAUUUACGGGUAUCUUAUUUAUCUGUAGAAACAUUUGAUUAAUAUUCUUUUUCCGUGCCCUUUAAAAAAGAAUUUAUAGUUGACAAAAAUAGGGAAAGCAAAAUAAAGAAAAAUCCUUUUAUCUUCUUACAUUAUCAUUGUACAAAAUCUCAAUACAAUCAAGCUUAGAGAAUAUAGUAUACAGAAAACUUAUAUAGAAGAAAUUUCGUGAAGCAGAAUCUGGUUUAUUCAAAAUAUUACGAGGCAGAAUCUGACUUAGUCAAAAUAUCAUGAGGCAGAAUUUCUUCAAGAUAAAAUGUCACAGGACAGUAUUCCUUUUGGCAAACUUUUAUGAGAUAAUAUCUCAUUUGAACAAGAAAUCGUGUUCCAAGAAUCUCACUUAGAUAAAAUAUCAUGAGACAUUAAUCUCACUUUGCUAGAACAUCAUGUCACAGAAUUUAAACCAAACGAAAUAUCAUGCAACAGAAUCUCAUUGAAACAAAAUAUCGGAAAAUAGAAUCACAUUUGAUCUAGUAUUCCUGUUUCCAAGAAUCUCACUUCCACUAAAUAUCAUGAGACAAAAUGUUAUCUAAACAAAAUAUCUUGCAAUAGAAUAUCACAAUAUUAUUGUAAUUUAACAGUAAUUGUAACCAUAGAAUUUUGCACACAUUAGCAUUUGUUUAUAAAAGGUUUAUUUAUAAAAGUUUUCAUUUAUAAAAUUUUUAGUUUAUAUAACUAAUUAUCUGUUAUUGUAAAAUCCUAAAAUUCUUGUUUUCAUUUGAAAAACUUGUUUAAUUGCUUUAAUAAAUUUAGUUUUUAUUGU